AUGUUUCACGGUUAUCCCGACGUGCAGUUGGCCCCUCGCGACUGCGUUGUCAAUGAAAGGUUUCACAUGGAGGAUCCGGAGGGCUGUGUAAAGGCUCUUGAACUUCCUCCGGUGCAGAAUGUACGCAUUUCUCUUUCUGCACUUACUUUCCUUGGAAGCCUAGCGCAAAAUGUCACGUGCCAUUAUGCUGUUUUUGGCAGUCUUUGUGGCGUUCAGCUGAAUGACAGGAUUGAGAUCACAAAUGUGCUCCCGGCCGCACCUACUACUCGCCCCGCAGAGGACGAGGCACCUGAACAACGUGAAAAGCGACUUUUGGCUCAACAACAAGAGGAAAAGCGUAUGUACGAAAAGCUUGGAAAGAUGCUGCACAAGGAGGAACUUGACAGCUAUCAAGUAGGACAAUUCACAGUCUGCAGCGCCUGUACCAAUGCCCCGUACUCAGUUCGCACAGCUCAACAGUUGGCACAACUGGCAUUGGAUGGUCAUCCAAGCGUUCUUCUUGUGUACGAUCCUUUUCGUACAAGUCUAAUGGGCAAGUUGUACCUGCGAGCCUUCGUUCCAACACCAGAGUAUCUGGACUUCUACAACAAAAUCAGCAAUAAGCGUAAUGUUCUCCGCGAGAACCGUCUAAUACGUGACUGUCACGUGGGCAAGAAUGGUGUGCUGCGCGAGGUUAAGGUAGAGGUGGAUGUCGAUGAGUACCAACUGCUGUGCCUUGAUGGCAUCAAUGUUUCACCGUUGCCAAGCACUUGUACAUUGCUUCAGUCUGAAACCAUGUCGGAUUACAUUGCCGCAUUACUUGAAUCUGUACGUCACAAUACAGAUGAACUCUCUCGUGUGCUUAGCACAGAAAACUACUUCAGCCAAAAAGAGGAGAACUAUGGCCCGUUGGCGCAACGUAUUGAUACUUUACUAAAGCUCAUGCAGCUGCGGGAGCAAACGCAACAUUUAGAAUCCCUCUGUGAUGGUAUUCUUCUCAAUGCUUCGCUCUUACGGGACUUGUAA